AAAGUAAAUGCUGCAGCGGGCGAUUGGUUAUUUCUCGGCCUCAUCGUCGUCUUCUCCGAUCCCACCCUCCUUCCCUCCCUCCCAAUUCCCACCCCCGUCACCCCGUGCUCCAAACCCUAGCAAGCAGCAAUAGAGCGGAACCCAUGCAAUCCUAAUCGUUUCGCUGCCUAAUCCUCUCCCUUUCUCAUCUCAUGACCUGUGCCUCAUCGCCGCCGCCGCCGCCACGGGCUAUGAAGCGCGAGCUCGCCUUCGCGCUCCAGUCCCUGUCCGAGAUCUCGGCCUCCCCCGGCCGCACGCGCUCCGGCCGCCCCAUCUCUUCCCUUCCGAACCCAUUGGCAUCAGCAUCUCCCAAGAGGCGCAAGAGAUCCGCCCCCCUCGGCCUCGCCUCCGCAGCCGAUCUCAUCUCCCCGCCCACGCCGCCUAUCGACGCCGAGCCGCCUAACCAGCCCCUCCGUGACAUCAUCCAACCGCUCCAUGGAUCUAAUCCUCCCACCGCCUCUGACCACCGAUCCGAUUCCAAUGCCGAUCAAGAGCUCAUCCCACAAACGAUGCUGGAAGCCCCCCAACCAUCGCACCUUGAGACUGCAAUAGGGUGUGCAACAGCAACAGAGGUCUCGGCAGUGAAAGUGAUCGCCAACCCGAAUCUGCCCGCAUCAGAAAAUAGUGCAGCAGAUGACUCCGCAAUGGAAGUGAUUGCAAAGCCGAAUGUGGCCACAGAGGAUGGUGCAUCAAAGUUGAAUGUGGCCAUGGAGGAUACAGCAUCGAAGCUGACUGUGGCUGAUACUGCAGCAGUAGAACCAACUUUGCUGGAAACCACCAUUGCAGCUGGAUCAACCGUUGUAGCUGGAAAUGAACAGUGUGAUAACUCAAACUCAAGUGGAGCAAGUCUACAGCAGCAAGCCGUUGACAAUGUAUUGAUGUCCACUGCUAUGCUAGCUGAGGACGCUGCCACACCUGUGGCUGCUGCCGAGCUCAAGCCUGCAAGGCGCUUCACUCGAUUGCUGCUCAAGAAUCAUGAGCCAGACAAAGAAGAGUCUGCAGCUUGUGAAAGUCAGGCAACACCAGAUGGCAGCAAGGAUACCUCAUUUGAUUUUGCUUUGCUCCUGGAGAAGCCUCAGAGAAGGUUCACAAGGUCGUCGCUCAAGACAAAGGUUGAGAGCAGUUUGGUUGGAUCUGACGAUGCGCUGGACAGUGCAUCUGAUGCCCGUCCAUCAGUGAAGAAGAUGGAGAUGAAAAUGUCAAAGAAAGUUGCCUGCCUCACGAAGCACCCUGGAAACAUUAGAGAGCUGCUCAACACAGGCCUGCUUGAGGGGAUGCCAGUUAUGUACAUCAUUCCUCAUAGCAAGAAGGCUGUGCUAAAAGGAGUGAUUACUGGUUGCAAUAUACGUUGCUUUUGCCUGUCCUGUAAUGGCUCCAAGGCUGUUUCAUCUUAUUACUUUGAACAACAUGCUGGAAGCACCAAAAAACACCCUGCCGAUUACAUUUACUUAGGGAACGGCAAUAGUUUGCGAGAUGUGCUGCGUGCAUCUGACAGAUCUCCCUUGGAGGCUCUGGAAAAAACGAUUCGUUCCUCAAUUGAUCCAGUAGUUAAAAGGAGCCACACUAAUUGUUUGAAUUGCAAUGAGCCUGUUCUUCCGUCAUCACAAACUGAAAACGUGCUCUGUCAAGUUUGCCUAGAGUCAAAGCAACCUCAAGACCCUCUUACCACAUCAUAUACAUGUAAUGGCAGUUCGAGUCUGACUCCAAGUUCGAAGGAGGCUUUGCUAAAGAACAUAUCAUCAGGCAAGAAGGGCGGUAGUGCUGGCAAAGUAACAAACAAGGAUAACAGACUACACAAAUUGGUCUUUAAUGUUUUGCUUGAUGGCACAGAAGUAGCUUACUAUGUUGAUGGGCAGAGAAAGGUUGACGGGUAUAUUAAGGAUCAAAGAAUCUACUGUAAUCACUGCAACAAAGUGGUUAGCCCAUCAGCAUUUGAAGCUCAUGCGGGUGAGGGAUCAAGGCGCAAACCGUAUGAUAACAUAUUCACAUCAAACGGAGUAUCAUUGCAUGAGCUGGCAAUGAAAAUAUCAAAGGAUAUGGAACUGUCAGAACGUGAGACUGAUGAUCUGUGCAGAGAAUGUGGUCAGGGUGGAGAUAUUUUCCCAUGCAAAAUCUGUCCAAGGUCAUUUCAUCCAGCUUGUGUUGGACUCUCUAAAGUCCCCUCAGAAUGGUACUGUGAUAAUUGUCGCAAUCUUGUGCAAAAAGAAAAGGCUUUAGCAGAGAACAAAAAUGCUAAAGCUGCUGGGAGGCAAGCUGGAGUUGAUUCCAUUGAACAGAUAAUGAAGAGAGCUAUACGAAUUGUCCCCAUCUCUGAUGAUCUUGGAGGCUGUGCUCUAUGCAAACAGAAAGAUUUCAACAAUGCUGUGUUUGAUGAGCGCACUGUGAUACUCUGUGACCAAUGUGAGAAAGAGUAUCAUGUAGGAUGCUUGAAGAAUCAAUGGCAAGUGGAACUAAAGGAAUUGCCAGAGGGGGAGUGGUUCUGUUGCAGUAGUUGCUCUGAGACACGAUCUUCAUUAGACAAGAUAAUCUCCGACGGAGCUCAACUGUUGGUGGAGCCAGAUCUUGAAAUCAUAAAGAAGAAACAUGUGACAAGAGGUUUAUGUAUGGACACCAGUAAAGAUCUCAAAUGGCAAUUACUUUCUGGUAAAAGGACUACUGAAGACGGAAGCAUAUUGCUCUCUGCUGCAGUGCCAAUUUUUCAUCAAUCUUUUGAUCCGAUCCGUGAAGCUCUCACUGGUAGAGACCUGAUUCCAGAGAUGGUUAACGGGAGGGGACCUAAGGAGGGAAUGCCUGGACAAGAUUACAGUGGAAUGUACUGUGCACUGUUAACUGUGGGCUCUACUGUGGUGUCGGCAGCACUUUUGCGUGUGAUGGGAGGUGAUGUGGCCGAGCUGCCACUAGUUGCUACAAGCCAGGAUGUUCAGGGGCUGGGCUACUUUCAAGCCUUGUUCUCAUGCAUCGAGAGGAUGCUAGUUUCGCUGAAGAUCAAGCACUUUGUGCUUCCAGCUGCACACGAAGCUGAAGGGAUCUGGAUGAAGAAAUUUGGAUUCUCUAGGACCACUCCGGAAGAGCUGGAAGCUUAUCUUAAUGGGGCACACCUGACUAUAUUCCAUGGAACAUCAUACCUGUACAAGGCUGUUCCAAUGUCAUGAUAUAUGGGAUGAAAAAGAUAUGGGUGUUGCAAUAGCUAGCAGGAUUUUGUCUUGUCUUUUCUGGAGUCGCUAUUGUGAUGUACAUAAAGAGUUGAUGAGGAAACAAAGCAUUGGCAAGACAAUGAAAGGUUGGUAUACAGGAGCUGGAAGCCAAGGGGAAGAAAAGAGCUACAAGAGGUCUGGAUUAGUUUUCUUUCUUUGUUUACUCUUGAAUCGAGUGUAGUGGCGCUGGGGUUGGCAAGUGGUGGCACACCUAGCAAAUUUUGGUGUAAUACUAGAUGCAAUGCAAUUGAAGCAGUUCCGUGAGUCCUG